AGUUUUCAUAAGUCCCUGACAUAUACAUCUGGUUGCAUGGUUAAAUAUGAAUCAUUUACAUAUAAAUUUUAACGAAAUUUUAACAGUACGCAGGAUAAUUUGAAUUCUUUACCAAGUAAAUUUAACGGCUAAAGAAUAUUCUGAGGUUAUAUUCAUGUUCAGUUAUUUAUUAGUCAUUCAUGUUAGACUAUAGUUUAUUUAUUGUUGAAAAUAAAAAUAAAAUUCAAAAUGAAAAUUUAGGCGCCAGGUUGGUAAAGAUAGGUUAGGAAAUCAUCUGUUGAUGUUUACGGACGCCUGCAGGCGCCGGAGCACACCGGAAAUGUUCGCUGGUGGUCGCUACAUAACAAAAUGAUUCGAUCACUGGCACCUAGCCGAAGAGGAAAGCGUCCAUUGCUCUCUGAUAUAUCUAAUAAUGUAUCAUCUCCAAUUGUGCCACAAGUAUAUCAGGCAAAGAAAAAGAUUUGCCGCAAUGUGAAAGAUGUACAAAUACCAGAAUACAAAGCCACUGCGCUUUCAGCAGAUGAUGUACAAGCAACACAAGAAGUAAUCUCUGAACAUGAAGAAAAAGUGAAGAAACUCCUUAGUAAACCUUUCAAAAUUCCAAUUCCUGGUUAUCAAUUAUCAGGUCGUUCUUUAGGAAUACGUUUAUCCGGUCCACGUAGACCACUAUAUGAUCCUGAAGAAGCCAAUGCACUUAUAGUUUAUUCACCACCAGAGAUAUCGGAGCAUGAUAGACUGAAAUUAGAUUUAAGUAAACAACUUAUACACGUUGUGGUAGAUCCUGUAUUAUGUAAUAUUUUAAGGCCUCAUCAACGUGAAGGUGUGAAAUUUAUGUACGAAUGUGUAACUGGAAAACGAAUAGAUAAUGCUUAUGGUUGUAUUAUGGCUGAUGAAAUGGGUCUUGGAAAAACUUUGCAGUGCAUAACUCUUCUGUGGACUCUAUUGAAACAGGGUCCUGAAGGUAAACCACUUAUAGAGAAAGCUAUAAUUGUUGCUCCUAGUUCAUUGGUCAAAAAUUGGUAUAACGAAAUUUUUAAAUGGUUAAAAAACAGAGUACAACCAUUAGCCAUUGAUGGUGGAAAUAAAGCAGACAUUGACACAAAACUUAUAGGUUUUAUGAAAACUUAUGGGCGUAGAUGCGCUAAUCCCAUUUUAAUAAUUAGCUAUGAAACUUUUCGUUUACAUGCGCAUGUCCUUCAUCAAGACGAAGUGGGCCUGGUAUUAUGUGAUGAAGGACAUCGUUUAAAAAAUUCAGAAAAUCAGACGUAUCAAGCACUUAUGAGUUUGAAAGCUAAAAGAAGAGUAUUGCUUAGUGGAACGCCUAUACAAAAUGAUCUAUUAGAAUAUUUUUCUCUAGUACACUUCGUUAAUCAGGGAUUGUUAGGAACUGCACAGGAAUUUCGUAAAAAGUUUGAAAUACCAAUUUUACGUGGUCAAGAUGCAGCUGCGACAGAUGCAGAACGUGCACUUGCUCAAGAACGAUUAGCAGAAUUAGUAACCCUCGUUAAUAAGUGCCUCAUUAGACGUACCAGUGCCUUACUGUCUAAAUACUUGCCUUUAAAACAUGAACUAGUGGUUUGUAUAAAGUUGGGUAAACUGCAGGCUGAUCUUUACAAAAAUUUUAUACAUAGCGACAGUAUUAAAAAAUCAAUAGAAGAAGAUUCUGAUGGUUCUAAAAAAGGAAAAAGUCUUUCUGCUUUGUCAGCAAUCACACUUUUGAAAAAACUGUGCAAUCAUCCUGAUUUAGUUUAUGAAAAGAUAUUACAACGGUCGGAUGGAUUUGAAAACGCUUUAAACUUAAUGCCACCGAAUUAUAAUACUAAAGAAGUUUUACCAGAAUUGUCAGGAAAGUUGAUGGUAUUAGACUGUCUCUUAGCAUCGAUUAAAACGACAACCAAUGAUAAAAUUGUACUAGUAUCGAAUUAUACACAAACUCUUGACCUUUUUGAAAAAUUAUGUCACAAACGUUGCUACAAUUACGUUAGACUCGAUGGUACAAUGACUAUUAAAAAAAGAUCGAAGGUAGUGGAUAAGUUCAAUGAUCCAGACAGUAGCGACUUCAUCUUUAUGCUUAGUUCGAAAGCUGGCGGUUGUGGAUUGAAUCUCAUUGGAGCGAAUCGUCUUGUUAUGUUCGAUCCAGAUUGGAAUCCUGCAAAUGAUGAUCAAGCUAUGGCUAGAGUGUGGAGAGAUGGUCAGAAGAAACCAUGCUUUGUAUAUCGUUUCCUUUGCACUGGUACGAUUGAAGAAAAGAUUUUCCAAAGACAAGCACAUAAAAAGGCUUUGAGUUCGACGGUAGUUGACCAAGAGGAAGACGUUGCAAGGCAUUUCACGUUGAAUGAUUUGCGAGAUUUAUUUAAACUGGAAGAAAAUACAAUAUCUGAUACUCAUUCGAAAUUUAAAUGCAAGAGGUGCAUUAAUGGUAUAGAAGUUAAAGGACCUCCUGAGAAUUCUGAUUGCAAUUCAGAUUUAUCGGACUGGAGACAUGCCCACAAUCCACGAAAUAUACCAGAUGUGCCACUACGUCAAUGUUGGUCAAGCGGAAUUUCCUUUGUUUUCCAUCAUCGUUCACCCGAACAAGUUAAAUGAAAUGAUAAUUUUUUCAAUGUUCUCUUUUUUCAUAUUUUUAUACAUUUCUUCUUGUUGCGUUAGCUAACGUAAAAUGAGAGAACCUUAUAAAUAUCUGUAAAUGUUUAUAUUCAUAUUUUGUACAAAUAUAGAAUUGUAAGUUUUUGUAAGUAUUAUGUAGACCGAAAAAAUAUUAAAAUAGCAGAACAUCUGUAUAAAUCUGAGAUCCAUGAAAUAAAUACAUAGUCAUGGAAAUUUAGUAUAAA